UCAAAUUGUGAUGAUUUGAUUUCCGAUCUACUUAAAAACAGUAAAAAUAAUGAAAUGAAAUCAAAGGAAAAAAGGAAAGGAAUAACAGAAUAAUAUUACGGAGUAGAAGAAACUCAAAUCGAACGUCUUCCCUUCAAAAUCACUUCAAAUUCAUCUGUUGUUUCAUCAUAUCAGCCAUCGUCUCGUCGCCGGCGGUUCGGAUGCUCCGAUUCUUUAUGCCAAAUCGAUACAACCUGGGGAACCCUAUAGAUAUAAUAUAUACAUAGAGGGAGAGAGAGAUAGGGAUUAGAGAGGGAGUGGGGUGGAGCGGCCAUGAUAACUCGAUCGAAUUUGGCGGAACAGCUGAGGGAAUAUCAGAUUCGAUCGAAACAUGAUUGGGCUUCCGUCUCUUUCUUCUCCUCUACCUCCAAUCUCACUACUUCCAGGGUGGAUGUCGUCAUCUUUGUAAUAUGGGAACUUGUCAUUUUUGCUUGCGUUGUUUUCACCUGUGUUUCACUCUAUUUAAGCCAUCUAAGGCUUGCUUUGAUCUUAAUAUGCUUUACAUUUCUGCUGUUUAUAUGCAUGAGAAUUACAAAGCAGAUUAGGCUUGCCCGGAAAAAGAAGCGAAGGAUGCUACUACCAUUAUCAAUGUAGAAUUCUAGGGAGGGAAUAUUCUUUAACAAUGUACCCCUACUAGGGUUAUGUAAAUGGUGAGAAAUCUUGGCCACUGCUUCUGCCAACCUUUUUCUUUUUCCUGGUUUCUGUGUAUUUUGCUUGAGACAAGCUGAUGAAAGGACAUAUAGAUGAUAUGACUCACUGAGAAAAUGGCUUGCAGAUCUUCAUUAAUACAUUCUAGACAUUUGUUUGGA